AUGGCACGUACAAAGAGGUUCACUAGAAGGGUGCAUCCCACAACCUCCUCUGCUAAUGAAGGGACAACCAAUGUGCAACAACAAAACCAAAACUCGGUAGUACCCACUCAACAAUUGAGUACUCAGCCACAUGAAUUGGUGAUCCACCAACAACAAGUACCUUCUGCUCAAUCCCUACCACCAUCUGCUCAAUCAGGAUCUGCACGAGCUGCAACUGCAAAUACUGAACCUCCACCAUCAUCUGCUCAACCUACACCAGCACCUGCCGCCUCUGAACCAGUCUCUGCUCAAUCUCAGCCAUCUGAUCGAAGACCACCACGAAACCCUUCCCAAAGGACAUGCAACAAAUACUGGGUUGUUAAUGUGCUAGCUGAUAAUGGAGUGGCUGAUGAGGAAAGACUACGUGUGCGGGAUGUAUUGGUACUUCCUCCUCAUAAGAAAGUAGUAGUGGAAUGGAAUGAGGACAAUCAGCCUGUUGGGGAGGCUGCUGCCCUAUUGCUUGGUUUUUUGGGUCACCUUGCAUGCAACCCAAAUAUAUUUCCUAUUAGUUAUGACAGGUGGCCUCAUGUACCAGACAUAUACAAGGAAGAUGUUUGGCUAAACACUAUUCAGAGGAGAUUCGUUAUGGAUAAUGAUGACCAUUAUCAUUUCUGUGUGGGCAAUAUGGGUAAGAAAUGGAAAGACAACAGGUGGAGGCUAGCAAAUGAAAUGUAUGAAAAAGAUAAAAGCUUUGAGGAAAAUCUAGAAUGUUUCCCUGAUGGGAUGACAAGGGAACAAUGGGGUAGUUUCUUGGCUUAUAAAACAAGUGAGAAAGCAAAGAAAUAUAGUAGAAUCAAUACUGCUAAUAGACAGAAACAAACUAUCCCACAUACACUAGGCUCAAAGACCAUUGCAAGGAGGAAAAGAGAGCUGGAAAUAGAACGUGGAACAAAAGUGACCAGGGGGGAAAUGUAUGCUGUUGCUCAUAAGAAAAAGUGUGGAAAUUUUGUGAAUGAGGAAGCUAGGCUGAAAAAUGACCAAUUACUAGUACAGAUGCAACAAACCAAUUCUGAAGUAGAGGCUUUUAUUAAUGUAUUUGGGAAGGAACACCCAGGUCGGGUUAGAGGCAUGGGUUUUGGGGUGGUUCCAACCCAGAUACGUAGAACAUCAACUAGUUCAUCCUCAACUUCUUCUAGUAGUCCUACACAAGCUGAAUAUGAUGCCCUAAAAGAAGAGCUGGACACUAUAAAAGGCAAGAUGGAAGAGCUUGACACAUUGAAAGCACAAAUGGCACAUUUUCUGCAAAAUUUUGGAAGUCAAUUGCCAUCUAAUCAGGUUCCUGACAUGGGAUCUCCUGGAAUUAGAAAGUCCUCCAAUGCUAGUCAUAACCCUUCUCUUGGACCAGAAUCUUCAAAUCAUGGACCCACACCACUAGCAUCUUAA